AUGGCAGAAGCGGUAGCGAUCGAUUGCCGCGACACAGGCCCAGUUUGUGUGACUGAGACACAAGAGAUGGCUGGUUCACCUUCACCUCAACCUACGACUCCUCUGGCCAAUGUGGCUGGCGUCGAUGCAGCUGUUCAAACUGUUGCAUCUCCCCCAACCGCGGCCUCUUCACCAGCAGUCACAUCUGAGCCGGUUGCGACGUCUAGAGUGACUGUCUCGUCGGGGCCAGCCGAUACGUCCGAAGCGACCGUCUCGUCAGAGACAGCCGAGACAGCUGAACCAACCGCAACGUCCGAGCCGGUUGCAACACCCACGCCAACAAGUCCUUUGGCAGUCCAAAACUCGCCACCAGGGACAGCAGCAACACCAACAGCCAAUACCCCCGGCCUUAUCGAAGCGAGUGAUGAUGGAGCUAGCACUGACGGGUCUACCAUCGAUGAAAGGAUAACAAACUACUCCGCGUCCCUAACUUCGAGCGUUGUCGACUACCCGGUCGAAUAUGGAAGAAGAUAUCACGCUUUCCGACCAGGAUCCUACUCCUUCCCAAACGAUGAGCGCGAAAUGGAACGCUUGGACAUAGCCCACGCACUCAUGGUCAGAUCAAUUGGCAACAGGCUAUUUUUGGCACCCCUCAGGGCGGAAACUCUUCAUCGAGUCUUGGAUAUUGGGACAGGCACUGGAAUUUGGUCGGUGGAAAUGGGCGACAUUUUCGAAAACGCGGAGAUUAUCGGAAACGACUUAAGUCCCAUUCAGCCUGGAUGGGUCCCGGCGAACGUAAGGUUCGAAAUUGACGAUGUCGAGAGCCCUUGGAUCAACGAGCAUAAAUACGACUACAUCUUUUGUCGAUACAUGAUCAUCUCAAUUCAAGACUGGCCUAGGCUUAUCAGAAACAUGUAUGACAACGUCAACCCAGGCGGAUGGGUCGAAUUCCAGGAUAUGGACGGGCUCUACUACUCAGACGACGGCACCUACACAGAAGACCACGCCACGCGCCAGUGGAACAGGCAGUACAUUGACGCCUGCGAGGCCAUGGGCCGCACCGCCCGCCCGGGCCCCCAACUCGAAGGCUGGGUCCGGGACGCCGGGUUCCAAAACAUCACGCACCAGCGGUUCAAGGUCCCCAUCGGACCCUGGGCUAAGGACGAGUACUACGCCGACGUCGGCAUGUUGAACCUGGUUCAGCUGCUCGAAGGUCUAGAGGGCUUCACGCUGAAGAUCUUUUGCGGGUUUUUAGGACAGACCAAGGAGGAAGUCAUGGUGUUGCUCGCAAGAGUUCGCAAAGAGUUGAAGGAGGGCGCUUGCCAUGCCAUUUUUGAUCACCACGUUGUUUACGCUCAGAAGCCCUUCGAAGAAGAGGGAAACAAUGGAGGAGUGCCGCCGCCGGUAUGA